CAGGAAGUUGGCCCAUCCUCCACGCCCGGCGGCUGAUGUCCCCGAGGCGGGAGGAGCCCGAGGGGGCGAGGGCCCGCAUGUUUAAGCCACUGUUAGAGUCAAGCUCACUCUUCUGAACUUCCCAAAGCUCACUUCUGCCAGAGUUGGACCUUCUUUUUGGAGGGAUUUUGUAUUGGAAGACAUGGAUCUUGCUGCUAAUGAGCUCAGCAUUUAUGACAAACUUUCAGAGACUGUUGAUUUGGUGAGACAGACAGGUCAUCAAUGUGGCAUGUCAGAGAAGGCAAUCGAAAAAUUUAUCAGACAGCUGCUGGAAAAGAAUGAACCUCAGAGGGGGCCACCUCAGUAUCCUCUCCUUAUAGCUGUGUAUAAGGUCCUUGUAACUCUGGGAUUAAUCUUGCUCACUGCCUACUUUGUGAUUCAACCUUUCAGCCCAUUAGCACCAGAACCAGUGCUUUCUGGAGCUCAUACCUGGCACUCACUCAUCCAUCACAUUCGGCUGAUGUCCUUACCCAUUACCAAGAAAUAUAUGCCAGAAAAUAAGGGAGUUUCUCUGCAUGGGGGUGAUGAAGACAGACCCUCCCCAGACUUUGACCCCUGGUGGACAAAUGACUGUGAGCAGAAUGAGUCAGAGUCCAUUCCUCCCAACUGCACUGGCUGUGCCCAUAACUUACCCCUCAAGGUGAUGCUCCUGGAGGAUAUCCCCAAGGAGUUUGAGAGACUCCAUCCUCUGGUGGUGAAGACUGGACAGCCCCUGUUGUCUGAGGAGAUUCAACAUUUUUUGUGCCAAUACCCUGAGGUGACAGAAGGCUUCACUGAAGGGUUUUUUGCCAAGUGGUGGCGUUGCUUUCCUGAGCGGUGGUUCCCUUUUCCUUAUCCCUGGAGAAGACCUCUGAAUAGAUCACAAAUUUUACGGGAGCUUUUUCCUGUUUUUAUCCACCUGCCAUUUCCAAAAGAUGCUUCCUUAAAAAAGUGCUUCCUUCUUCACCCGGAACCUGUUGUGGGGAGUAAGAUGCAUAAGGUGCAUGACUUAUUUACCAUCGGCAGCGGUGAGGCCAUGUUGCAGCUCAUCCCUCCCUUCCAGUGCCGAAGACACUGUCAGUCUGUGGCCAUGCCAAUAGAGCCAGGGGAUAUUGGAUAUGCUGGUGCCACCCACUGGAAGGUCUACAUUGGAGCCAGAGGGGUCCAGCCUUUGGUCGUCUGUGAUGGAACCACUCUCUCAGAACUAUAGGAAACAGCAGAACUAUAAACAGGAACAGCUUUGAGAGUGAAAACCAGGUUGAAAGGGGGGAAAUAAAAACAAAAACGAUGAAUCACUUUCCAAGGGUUGGUCACUUAGUUAGCUGCCCUCUGCAUGCACAUGCUAGUCACCGUGUGCUGGAGACCAUGGCUAGGGCCUAACCUGGACACUUCCCAGGUGGCUUAGGAAGGAUUCCAGCCUGGCUGCUUGGCCAGGACUUUGCCAGCACCCAUCUGUGAGAGACUGGCUCUUUCAGGUCUUUGGGCACUAUGAGCUUGAGGAUGCCCCACAGGCAGGAAAUAGGGCCCUUGCCUUCCUCUACUUGUGUGGACAUGUUCCCCUCUGCUGGCUCCCUGGCAGUGGAGAGGGUAGCCAGUAGGUCCUGACGUCAGAGCCAUCCCUUACCAGAUGGGCCUGCUCAUCUGGUGUCUUCCUGGCUACAUUAGCCUGUGUGCUUUUUGGAAAGCCAUGACUGACUAAAGAAAUCAGUGGAGUUUCUCAAGCAAAACGGAAUUUAGAACCAAUGAAAAAAGAUUAAAUGACACUGAACUACAUUUAAGAAGAGUACCGUUUUCCCAAUCUGCCAUGGCUCUGGGCAUCUCAGUGGUGCCAGGGUAGAUUAUGAUUAGAAUUCUAAAUGAGAAUUCCUAAGGUAAUACUUUCUCCCCCUCUUCCCGCCUUGCUCAUCUGGAUGGCUUCUCAGAAGUUGGGCUCCUAGUCCCCUCCCUUGGCUGGGCCAGAGCCCUUCCUGCUGAUGCAGCACUGCUCCUGUUGACUGCAGCUUUUACCAAGUGUCUACAAAGGGGGAUGAGUUCGGAUAGCUGGCCUGGGAGAGGGUGCCUCCCUGGGUUUGAGCUUUAGGAUCUGACUUUGUACAGAGAUGUUUUGCAGAUGUGUCAAAGUUGAUGUUGUAAUGUGGUUGGGGAAGGAACUCCAGACCCAAAGUGUUUGCCAGCCCGGCUGCAACUGAUUUUGAUUCUUGGUCCUAAAAUGAUUUCCCUUUGUACUGGGAAACAAGGUGAGAUGUUAUUUUUUGUAAUGAUAUAAAACUGUGUUCUGAUUGGA